AUGUCCAGCAGGCCCACAUCCGAAAGCGAAGAUGGCAGAAUGGAUGGAAGUGCCAUGGGAGACGUGAAUAUCAAUGGAUCUCACCAAGAAGAGCAAGACAACGGGGACAAAGAAGAUCAUGUCCAGAGGAACAAACAAGACGAUGCUGAAGCAGACUACAAGUUUGGCCCUAUAUUGUCCAUAGGAAAGGCCAAACACUCCACUAGGAUGCAAACAAAAUCAGCUCUUGCCCAUUUUUCCAUAUUCUUGGCUGGGUAUUGGGAUCGUCUCAGCUCUCUCAAAGACUACUCGUCCCAAGACCAAAAGCAGCUCUAUCUCCUCCUUGAGGACAAGGAUUUGAAGGAGGAGCUCAUUGGCUCCUUCUGCAACUACCUGUCAGAUGCAGAUUCAAAAGGCAAGAGCAGGGACGGGAAGAUAGGGUGGGGGACAGCCCAAAACUACGUUUCAGCAGAUCGGAAUUAUUCCCUUAACAACCCUCAACUACACCCACUCUUGUCCAAGGACAAACUGAAGGAAUGCUUUGGCGACACGUCCUACCUGUCCAAGAGCCGUAUCUCCAUGAGGAAGGCUAUCAGUAACAGAAGUAAAGAGCAUGGAAUCCCACUGAGGACCUUGCCGAGUUUUGGGCACUAUGUGUAG